AUGACUGACCUAUUGGGUUCCGUCCCCUCCUCAACCUUCUCCUCUCCCUCCACCUCCUCUCUCCCCCAAACUGCCUCCAGUUCUAUUCAUCGCGACAUAUCCAAUAACGAGUUCGCUGGUCCCCUCCCUUCGGGUUUCUCCUCCCCUUCCCUCGCCUCUCUCCCUCUCGCCACUUUCAACGUCGAAAAAAACUUCUUCACAGGUUCUGCCCGUGCCGAAAUCUCGGCUGGAAAGCUUUCCUUCUGCCCGGAGGACCAGCAGGGAGGCUUCGCAGCAGCAAAUCUGCUCCUUUAUAGUCCGUCUCAGUACGGUUCAGUGCGGGGGAACUGCCUCAACCCGAGAGGAGGGGGAGGGUGCGAGGGGGAGGGGAGGCAGCGGAAGCAGGGGGAGUGUCUGGCGUUUUGUGGGGUAGGCAGUGCACAAGGAGUGUGUGGGGGGCAUGGGAGGUGCUUUCUCAAGGGGCCCUCAAGAGUGCCCGUGUGUGAGUGUGAGGAGGGGUAUUAUGAGGAUACGGUGGAGAUGAAAGGGGGUGGUUACCCUACUUGUUCGGCGACUAAGCCUGAGAAUCCGCCUCCUCCGUUUCCACCAGAUAUACCAUUGGAUGGAGACGACCCACAGAAGCAGCGCCACCGGCCGGGGUUGAGAGACCGAGACUUCAAGGCCGUGCCGGCAACCACCCCCUCCCGCUUCAACCGCUUCUUCCGCCACGUCAGCCUGGGAUUCAAUGGCUCAGCUGCGCAACCUUCUUGGGCGUACAGAGUGGCGGUGGACUGGCGGGGGCUGGUGCUCGUGCGAGGGAGGAACGUGACGGUGGUACCUCCUGUGAAAGACCAAGGCUUGUGCGGUGAGUGCUCUCCUCCUUCUCCUUCCACAUCCCCACUGCCCCCCCUUCCGCCCCGAUCAGCUGCCUGUUGGGAUUUGGUGCUUGUGGCAGCUAUAGAGGCAGCGUAUGCCAUAGCAUAUGGCGCCAACCAUCCUAACCUUGUCUGCCUGCUGGGCUCUGGUGCCGGUGGCAGCAAUAGAGGCAGUCUACGCAAUAGCAUGUGGCGCCAACCAUGCAACCACUCUCCCAUCUCCUUCUCCUUACGCAUUGUCUCCUCACUCUCCCCCCCCGUCUCCCCCUUUCCUCAAUCAGCUGCCUGCUGGGCUCUGGUACCAGUGGCUGCAAUAGAGGCAGCCUAUGCGAUAGCAUACGGCGCCAACCAUCCCAACCUGUCCAGUCAGCAGGUGCUGAGCUGUCAGGGCACGUGGCAGUGCACAGGUGGCAUCCCGGCGGACGCGUUCCAGUUUGUGGCGGCUGUGGGAGGGGUAUCGCCGGAGAAAGCAGUGCCGUAUACGGGAGUGGUGAACGCCAGUGACUGCAAGGUGGGCAGCUCAAUGAGUGAGUGUGUGCAAGUUAAUGUUGGUCCUCCUGGGCACACUCUGAAACCAAUGAUUACGGAUAUUUGCUUCCUGCUUAGAGAGGAAAUGAACAGCCACCUGCCUGAGCCACCUGCCUUUGGCCUCUCCCUGCCCUCUUCUCCUGCCCGCCCCUCCCCCUCAGCUUCUCCCAACAAGUUUGAAGCCUGCAGCUGCUGCCAAACGCAACUCGCAAGGCCGAUUCAGACACCCAAGCUGCCCCCUACCACCCCGGUUCCCCCUUCCUCCUCCCCUCCUCCCCCUGCCUUCCCACCUCAAGUGCCCGGCAUCCACCCCCUCUCUGGCCGCUUCGCCAUCUCCAUGUUCGAACAGGUGUCGGUCCCCGGUUGGCUGGGAAUGGUGCUGGCGCUGCAGGCACAGCCAAUCAUUGCCAACGUGGAGGCGGAUCAACUCUCCUUUAUCAACUACCAGGGGGGCUUCAUCUAUGCGGACCCAGACUGUUUCGCGAAUGGAGUGGUGAAUCACAUCGUGCUGCUGGUGGGGUACAGCAUGGUGGGAGUGACGCCCUACUUCAUUCUCCAAAACACCUGGGGAUCCACCUGGGGCGAGGGCGGCUUCAUGCAGAUGGCCAUUGAAGCAGGCAACGGCAUCUGUGGCAUCAGCACCACUCCUGCCUUAUACCCAGUGGUAGCUGGUUCGCACCCCUGUCAGCCCAUCAACCCGUGUGGCAGCGGCAAGUGCAGUAACCGUGCGGGGAAGAGCAAGUGUGCGUGUGCACCUGGGUUCACUGCUGCCAAGAAUAUCGACGGAUCUGAGACAUGCAUUCCGGUCCACGUGUGCGCCAUGUCAGCAGCCAACCCGUGCCAGGUUGGCACAUGUCUGGAUGACGGGGUGGGCGGCUACAACUGCUUGUGUCCACCGGGGUUUGUGGCAGACGAGAGACCCGAUGAAACCCCUGUCUGCGUGCCAGGUGUCACUCCCUCAGAGGUCCACGUGGUGCCAGGGCUGACAUGUGACAGUGUGCGGUCGACAUUCGGCAUGUCAGAGGCCAACUUCACUCAGCUUAACCCGAAGCUCAACUGCUCCAGCCUUGCCACUGGGGACGACAUUUAUGUCAGUGAUGGCACCCUGUGCGCCACUCCCUACACUGUCACCGCUGUAAGCCCAUAA